AUGAGGCAGCAGCAAACACAACAAAGUUUUGAGCCUUCUUUAGAGGAUUUGGUCAAACAAAUGGCCAAGAGCAAUUUACAAUUCCAACAGAAUGUCAAUGCCUCCAUUCAAGACCUGCAGACACAAAUUGGCCAGCUUGCUACCACUGUAAACCAGUUCAAGUCUCAAGGUUCUGAACAACUCCCUUCUCAAACAAAGGUUAAUCCUAGAAACCCAAAAACUGCCUCUAGCAGUUCAGAAAUUGUGCAGAAACCACCCAUUCCCUUUUCGAACAAAAUAGCCAAGCCAAGGCCACCAACAGACUUUGAUAAUGAGCUUUUUGAGACAUUCAGAAGAGUAGAAGUGAACAUUCCAAUGCUAGAUGCGCUAAAACAAAUUCCAAAAUAUGCAAAGUUCCUUAAAGAGUUAUGCACUAACAAUAGGAGAUUGAAAGGGGAUGAAAGAGUCAACAUGGGGAGGAACAUGUCAGUCCUCAUACAGCCCAAUAUGCCGUACAAGUGCAAGGAUCUUGGCACUUUUACUGUCCCUUGCACUAUUGGAAAUUCCAUCUUCAGUAAUGCAUUACUUGAUCUUGGUGCUUCCAUAAAUGUGAUGCCUACAUCAAUCUACAGGUCUUUGAGCCUCGGCCCUCUCAAGCAAACUGGUGUAGUCAUUCAAUUGGCAAAUAGGAGCACUGCAUUCCCUACUAGAGUAGUAGAAGACGUGCUAGUGAGAGUGGAUAAGCUGAUAUUCCCUGCAGAUUUCUUCAUUCUGGACAUGGCAGAAGAGUCCAGCAAGCCUAUACUGAUCCUUGGUAGACCUUUCUUGAAAACAGCAAGGACAAAGAUUAAUGUGCACUCAAGAAUUCUACCCAUAGAGUUUGAAGACGAUAUUAUGCAGUUCAAAAUCUUUAAGGCCAUGAAGCAUCCAUCAAAGCUGUAUAGUGCAUUUCAUAUAAAUAUUAUUGAUGUUUUAACUGAGGAGUUUUGUAUUGAUUUUUUUUAUAUUUAUAGUUGUACAUGCACUGUAAGAGAUUUGUGUAAAAUUUGUGCUGAAAUAUAUGCAUAUUUAACAGCUGAUGAUGUUUCAUGUGAUGCAGCAGCAAGUUUGGAAAGCUCUAGCUUGAUCCAUGCUGCAGAAUUAGACUUCUCCACCAGGACACUUCCCUCUAUUAUGCAGCCACCUACACUUGAACUGAAGCCUCUGCCCAAGCACUUGAAGUAUGCAUUUUUAGAGGCUGAUAACAAGCUUCUAGUGAUCAUUUCAGCAUAUUUGGAUACUGAACAAGAGGAGAAGUUGUUGCAAACUUUAGCAACUCACAAGCAAGCAAUUGGGUGGACUUUGGCAGACAUUCCAUGA